AUGUACUAUUAUGUCGUCUAUGUAAAGACUUGUAGUUCCAACACAUCCGCAUUUGUCGGACCUGAGGAGACGUAUCAUCAAGCACGAGCAAUUGACUGUCGGGCUUAUCAUAAUCGCAGAGCCAGGAUCUGUGAUGUCUUUUUAAAGGGCGGCUGCGCCCUUGGUUGUCGCUGGCCCGGCGGAAAUAAGGGCUACAUCUGCCUUGUCCGUAUCCCAAACUAUACCGGUAAUCAACCCCACAACGAGUUCAUGAAGCAUUCAUUACUUCCAACCUCGCAAGAAUCCCACGAUCCAGAACAGCAAACCCCAACACCUAUUCAGGCUAUCCAGGGACAAGUUGAAUCUCUCUUCUACCAUCCCGAUUCGACAUUUUCACCAAACCUCAUGGCCAACCACCAAGUCGUCAUCGUAACCGGCUCGAAUCGAGGCAUAGGCAAAGGAAUCGUCUCACUCCUUGCCCAGCAAAACUUCCCACAGCCCCUGAUAAUCUACGCCACCUCGCGGAGUGGCGCUGAAUCCAACCCCCAACCCUCCAACCACAACCAAAUCAUCCACGCUCAACUCGACAUCACCUCCACCACAUCAAUCGCCUCCCUCUUCGCCCUCCUCCACACCAACAACCAUAACCCCUCCAUCCUAAUCAACAACGCCGCAAUCUCAAACGACUACCGCGAGAACCCCCAAUUCGCCGCAGAAACAAUCUCCACAAACUAUCUCGGCACGAGGAAUAUGUGUCUUGCUUUUCUCUCCCAACCAAACCUCGGACCUAAUCCGCGCAUCGUCAAUUUAUCAAGUGGCUAUAAUGCACUCAGCACCUACCCGCCACCCCUCCAAGCCCAAUUCCGCUCCGCAUCCUGCAUCGCCGACGUCGACACACUAUCGCAGUCCUACCUCUCCAGUCUGACCCCCGCCUCCCCGGCCCAAGAAACAGCACAGUGGGUCGCAACACGUAGUUACAAAGUCAGCAAAGCGCUCAUCAACGCACUGACAAUCGUCUUGGCAAAUACAUACCCGGACGUCCUGGUGAAUUGCUGUUGCCCUGGGUGGGUGGAUACGCAGAUGGGGCGGCAGGGGACUGGGACGCCGCCGAAGACGGUGGAGGAGGGGGCGCGGACGGCGGUGCGGUGUGUGGUGGGGGAUUUGGGGGAGAGUGGGGAUGGGGAUGGGGGGUUGGGGCGGGAGACGGAGAGGCUGAGUGGGAUAUUUUUUGAGAAUGAGGGGAUUAUGAGUAAGGGGUGGGGGAGGGGGAAGGUGUGGUUGGAUACUUGCUCUGCAGUUCCCGUGGCAAAGUUUGUAGAUGUCGCGAUUUUUGUUGUCUGGGAUGUAUAG